GACAACACGGCGGAAGACAUCGCUGUGGAGAUUCUUCAGUCUCUCAGAAGUCUGGUCGUAUUUUAGUUUUAAUGAGAGUGCUGAGGGAAACUUGAUUGAGGAAAAUAACCUUAGUGAACGCAGGGGGGAGUGUGGAGAGGGGGGGACAGGACCACAGCCCGGGCACCACCCAGAAAGAGGAGGAGCGAGGGAGCAGCUGAGGAGGAAGGAUCAUCCAGUCGUUGGUAGCCAGUGAAUCCAGCCCUUCAGAUGAAGAGCCUGCAGUUUCGGAGCAUCGCUCCUAAGGCCCCAGCCGUGGUGCCCUCCCCCUCCCCUGCGGUCCUGUCCUGCCAGCCUCCCUCUGCCCUCCCUGAGGCUACCACCGCCUCCAGUCCCAAGUCCAUCAUUGUACCCACCCAAAACUAUGCACUGAUGCAAAUAGCAGGUCAGGAUGGCACUUUCUCUCUGGUGGCAUUGCCCCCUUCUGUCUCCUCUCAGACACCACAGCAACAAACCCAGUCAAUUCAAAAGAACCUCAAGUUGCCCAUUCCCAGAUAUCAGCCAAUGAGGAGCAAGGGGACCACAGAUAAGGUGAAAUCACCACCAGUAGCCAACAGGGUGAAAACAGCCUUCAAGGUUGCUGUGACAGUGCAGACCAAGUCAGUGGUGAGUGGUGGAAUGGUUAUGAAGAAAAAAGAGCACGAGUCCAAGCACACAAAGGAAACCCUAGUGCCCAAAGAGGACCCUUCAGAGCAGGUAAUUCUGAUUGAUUCAGCCUCCUCUGACAUCUCUGUCACUGCUCUACUCCCAGACAAUGCUGUUCUGUACCCGGGUUCUCAGUUAGAGCGACCAACUGAUGGCUCUGAACAACCUGCUACAACUGGCCUUAUUCAGAGCCUCCAGUACCCUCCUGCUGCUGUCAAAUGCUCCCCAAGCAAAUCUCUGGAGGAAAGUAAGACUACAGUGAGGCUGUGUCAAUCUAAACCCAGUGCAGCCCAGCCCCAGAGCAGUAUCACUGUCCUGUCCCCAGCCAUCUUCAGCAAAGCAGUCCAGAUUAUCCCAUCACCACCUAAGGGUAAAUUGCCCAUCCUGCCCUACUCCAAAAUGAAGACCACCCUUAUCCCAGCAGCCAAGCUCAGCAAUAUGUCCCCAGAGAAGAAGGUUUUCUCUAGCCAGACAGGACUCCCCAGCCCCUUAGAUCCUAUAGCCAAGACCCACGAGACAACUGAGGCCUUGGGUCACAAUCAGGUGCCAAACUCCACUCUACAGCCCCAGGCCAAGACCUCCCUCAUGCCUGUGUUGGGAACCCUCCAGAAACCACCUGGCAAGAAGAGGGGGAGAAAAAGAAAGACAAUGGAAGACAUCUUGGCAUUUGAGGCCAGAAAGAAGAGGUCCUUGUCUUUCUUCCGUAGAAGGAUCCCAGAGAAACCGCCAGCAGUUGUUCCAGGCUCCAAACAAAAGGAAGUUGAUAUUUCAAAGAAGUACCGCAGCAUCCGACCCAAGCCCAUGUUGGUUAUGGAGACAGUUCCCCAACUGGUUAGUUUGCCUGCAAUUACCCCAGAUGGCCAAGAACAGGAGCUCGUACUUGGUCAUCAGCUCCCCACCACUACCACAACCAAGACCCUGGACUGUCCACCCCAACCAGCCCCAGUAACCCUCCACCUGAGAGGUGCCUCCCAUCAAAGAGUGUUCAUAGGCAGCCGUCCACUCCACCGUUGCCCCACCUGCAGCCGCUGUUUCCAAUUCAAGCAUCACCUCCAGAGUCACAUGAACAGUCACACCAACAGUCGGCCCUACAUCUGCCCCGUCUGCCGCAAAGCAUACGCUCACUCCGGCAGCCUCAGCACCCACAUGAAGCUUCACCACUCUGAGGUACGCCCACGUCGGUCUCUAGGCUGCGAGUUCUGCGAGAAGGCCUUUGGAUAUGUGGGGGUUUAUUUCAGUCAUCUGAGAGAGGUCCACAAAGUGGUGCUGACUGUGGAGCCAUCCAUCAGCCAUCAUGAGGACGACUUGUCUGUGGAGGGGGCCAACUCCCCUGAGCCAUCAGAUGAGCAGGAUCGUGAAGACCCAGUGGAGCUGCAGAUUAAAUGCGGCCGCUGUCAGGCCAUCACUCCCACCUUUGCCGACAUGAAGAUGCACUUGCUGCAUGUGCACGGGGAGGAGAUCCAUGUUCGACUCCACGAUGGCCAAGUCUCGCGGGGUGGCCGCGAGGCUGAGAAUGAGCUGGUAAAGCAUGCUGCCCACUACUGGCGGCAGCUCAAUGAGAGGCGCAACCUGGUCAAGUGUGGCAGCUGUGACGAAGAGUUUUUCUCGUUCUCCAAGCUUAAGAGGCACAUCAUGUCCCACCACCAUGGAAGGGAAGGGGAAGACAGUGGGACACUCCCAUCACCAGAUAGCGGUGGAGGCCUUGGGGUCCUUGCAGCAGGAACUGCCUUUAACUGUGUGCUUUGCAGCGACGUGCUGGACACUAAAGAGGGGGUUAUGGGGCACUGGAGGAGUCGCCACCACUGUGAGCAGCCCAGCUUGCUGUGGGACGCCCUGAGCUCGUACUCCGGCCAGGAAGAAGGUGAGGUGGAUGGAGAUCUGGACACUCCUGCUCCAAGUCCACACUAUCCAGCCUAGCCCUUGGAUGGUCAUGGAGCCCUUCAUUGUAACUCCUUCUCAUACACACUCAGUCCUAACAAUCAGCUGCACAGGGAUGGAGUACUCUUAUGUCUUUUAGCACUAGUUUCAUUUUUCACUACUUGAGGCUUUUGACUUGGUCCAAAAGAAGAAUAAAAGGAAAAAGAAUAUCAAGCCAAUGGUGAAAGUGAAGACUUUGUGUUACAAUCAUAAGAGAUAUUCUCUCUAGGUCAGAGAAUCCACUUUUAUAAACAGUUAUUUUUCAUGUUAUUGCACUGUUGAUUUUGGACAUUGAAGAUUUUGUUUGAUGUUAUGUAUUUAAUAUCCUGUUUGAGUAUUUUUUUCUACUGCUUAUUUAAAUGUUUAAAAAGGUAAAGUAGUACCUAGCUGACCACCAUAAUACUUACCUCUUGUGGUAUCUAGCCAUGCAGAUAAUUUGGUUUUAUGUUACUAAAAUUAUCAAAUCUGCGUGACUAGAUACAACUAUGGGAAAGUGAGAAAAUGUGUGUUUUAUUUGGGUGCACUAACCCUUUAAAAUAUUGACAAAUGUAAAUCGCAUAACAAGGACACACUGUCUACUGUCACACUGGCUGGCUUCAUCUAUUGGCCUUGGAUUAUUACAGGUUAAAAGAAAUGGCUAUGUGUGCGCAAUCAUUUGAUGUAAUAUUGCUCCUGUAAUGGAAAAUCAAUAUUUUCAGCUGUGACUUGAACUUUCGCCGUCCGAUUUAAGGGCAGUAUUGGAGUCCUCUGUCAACCUGGACCCAUGAAGGAACACUUUCCUAACCAGCACCCAAGUGACAUCCUUGUGGCCUUCUGAAAAAUCGGUGUUCAUGCGUAAUGUGGCUUAUCGUUAGUGCGGUCCUUUGUAGACCAAGUUCUAUCUCCUUGACUUUUUGAUUAAUGCCUAAAUGUGGAUUCUGUGAUACGCCAAGGGUCUUUUCACACUGGUGAUUGUAGAAGUGAGUUUUGCAUUUAAGCUUUUUAACCACUGACAAAAUACUAUUCGUUGACUUAGUAAAUACGCAAAGGAAACCAUCGAAUUGCCUACCUGUUGUUGCCAGCUCAUGUAUGCACCUGUGGAAUUGUGUGCACCCAGACUCUUAUUAUUAGAGUUGAUAUAUACUGUUGUCAAGUCCAGAAAAAUAUGCUAUUUUAUACUCUCGAUUAAUACAGGGGUCUUUUAGUAUAUUUAUGCUUGUUGUUGGUCGUUAAAGAACCAGCACUGAAACAUUUGUUGUGUUUGCUUCUUCUAAUUUGGGGGAUGCUUAAUGUCUUGUUUCUUGGUUGGGAGGCCGUUACUACAUGGCAAGUACUGUAGCUCUGCUAACAUUUGUCUGUGUUUAUCUUUCAUAUGAAGAAAAAAAAAACAUCACAGGGUCAAGUGAAUGUACCUGAAUGUUUUAAAAACCCUACCAAAAGUAUAUGAUAUAUAUAGACUUAUUCUAUAGAUGGAAUAUAUAGAUAUAUUGAGAAAAAAUAUAUAUUUACAUAGAGUAACUAGUGAACCAGCUGCUUUGUUCUGUCACAGAGGAAGAGGGAAACAAGAGGUGAAUAUAUCAUUGCCAAAACUGGCAACAAAAGCCAUGUAGAGCUGUCCUUAUGUUUCUGACACAAAAUUGUAGGACUGUGAAUGAAGGGCAAAGCACUGAUGUGUACAUGUCACACUGAGUGGGUAAACUACAGUAUACUGUACCACUGCCUGGAAUGCCGUGUUUGAGUGUUCAUCAGUGAACUGUCCUUUUGUUUUCAAGCCCUCAACCCAAACCAGGAAGUGACAGAAGUAAGGGUCAGACUCUUCUUUCUUCAGUUAGAUGAAAAACAUACAUGACUGUCAGCACAAGUCAGAAAGUGAAAAAUCCCACAUUAGGUGAUAUAAUGUGUUUGGCUCACUUAAUAUGUUGACUGUGUCUAAAAAAGAACUGUUUGUGCUCGUGACUGUUUGUGUACAUGAAGAACCUGAUGUUUAUGAGAAUAAAUAUAUGCUUUGUUGAGGAAA